UCAAAACUUAGCUGCUGUGGUGUUCAGUGCCUUUUCGCGGGUGAUUUGUGUGCUUCUGUAUAUAUAUAUAUAUAUACAUACAUAUAUAUAUACCUUACCUUUACCCUCUUUAUAAUAUCACUACUGAAACACUUUGACACAAAGACAAGACACAUCUGCUUUAUAUUAAUACGGUAGCUCGUCGGUUGCUUUGCUAAGCUAACCAGAGCAAGAGCUAGGUUAGCAAGCUAGGCUAACGUAACUUUAGCUUAGCUUUAGGUGAUGUGUGUGGCGUCUGCGGUCUCGGAGGAUUAAAGUUAUUUAUCAUAAUGUCUCUGAGCGCCGUUCAUGGGACACUGUCAAGCCUGAAGUCAUGUCAGGCAGACAUCGGGACAGGAAUGGACAUAGUGACAGAUGUGGCUAUGGACCUGACAGAAUCUCAGGAUGAAGAGUUGAAUCCUGGCAUCAAAGAAAUGGAGGCUAUGAUUCUGGAGUUUGCCAAGCUGGACAGGGAGAUUAACUAUUUUGUUGAUGUUGUACAACAAGUCACAGCUGAGGUUGCCACACAGCAACCAGAGGCCAUGUUCGGCCUGUCUGCCAAAGUGAAGGAGCAGUUCAGAGAGAGAACAGCCAGACUCUCUGAUGCUGAUCUGCACCAUCACCAGAAAGUAGUGGCCUUCAAAGACAGCAUCAAGAACUCUCUCAACCAAGCCAACCAAGAGUCAGCUGAGAGCAUGGAGGAGCUGGAUGAGGACAUUGCUGUGACACAGAGCCAAGUCAACUUCACCUGCCCACUCACACAGGUGGAAAUGGUGAACCCGGUGAAGAAUAAGAAGUGUAACCACCACUAUGAUGAAGGAGCCAUACUGGGCCUGAUCAAAACAAGACACAGCCAGAAAAAGAAAUGCCGCUGUCCCGUGGUGGGCUGUGGGAACACUGAUGUGAGAGAGUCGGACCUCGUUCCUGACCAGAUGUUGAGGAGAAAGAUCCAGAGCCAAAAAAGACUUGGGAACUGAACGUAGUGCUGUACAUUUUUAUUGGCAGGAGUUCGUUUACCAUAAAACCCAUGCCUUGGUAAUUAUUUGUAUGCUAAGAAAAGAAUGUUGUCAGUAUUUUGAGACAGUAAAAUAGUCAAAUUUUUAUUUUAGAGGUGGUGACUUUUGUGUAUUAGCGAUUUGUACUCCAGUCUCGUUGAAUGUAAAUAAAAGCUUCAAACUUUGCUUAUA